UUCAGGUGUGAGAGGCAGUAGCAGUAGAGCAGCAGUAGCAGCACCACAAGCAGCAGCAGCAGCAGCAGCAGCAGCGGCAGAGCACACUACAGCAGUCGACACAGUGCUGGAGGCGUGUGGACGUGUGAUGGGUUGCUUGGGUGAGGGUGGUGGGCGUGCUUGAGGCUGCCCUCCACCAUGCCCACGGUGCGGCCCACCGGCCCACCACAAUCCCACAACCAUUUACAGGUUCCCCGCACCGAGUCAUCGCAGGUGGCCCGGACUGAGUCGCUGAGGUCUGAGCGGUCUGACAAGAGGGUAUCAUUCAACAAAGACGUCGGAGUGAAGCACAUACCGCGAGGUCAGAAGACCGCAGGAAAGGGCAGUUCUGUGGUGCUUGUUCGAGGUGGAACUCCUCCCUUCCGUGAAGACGAGUGGGCCAACUGCUCCCAGGUGCAUCGGGAACCGGUGUCGCUCUCCUCACAAGAGCUAGAGCAGCAGGCUGAACACCUCGUCAAGUUGCUCGAUCACGUCAACUGUGACGUCAAUACUCGCUCGCUUGAUCGACCCCCGAAGAACAAAAAUAAUAAGAACCUCGCUCACCACACCUACAACAACGUUCUCUUCAAUAACGCUAAGAACAACAAUAAUAACAGCAAGAACACUAACCUGCUGAACGGGGAGGGCCGAGCACGGCAAAGGACUCUUCCCCCUUCCCGUACCACUAAUCCCAUCACCCGUCGAGUGAAGGGCGACGUCAACCGUGCCACUCAUCACCCCAUACCCAACGGCGGACCCCUCGCCUACCGCCACAAGUCGGCCGAACACCUCCCAGACACAGACCUGGAGGACUCCCCACCCCUGCCCCGCCGGGCACACCACCCAGCCGCCCACAAGUCAGUUCCUGACCUAAACCUCGGCCAAUAUUAUAACAACAGCGAGGACAGAAGCCACACGUACCAGCCAGAGGGUCACAGCUACAAGUCUGUAGAGAACUUGUACCAUGCUGAUGGCCACAACCUGAGUCGAGCAGCACAUGUAGCUGCCUAUAAGUCAGCAGACAACCUAGCAGACAUUAACAGUCACGACUCUGGCAGACACCUGCAGGGAUUCAAGUCAUUGGGUCAUUUGCCAACGGAAGCACUCUCUGAUACCGACGACGAUUACGACCACCAACACCACAACCACCGCCACCACAACCACCAGCAUAAACAAUCUUACAAGCCCCGGGUAGGGAACAUAAUCAAGAUGUUCAACCAGGAUGCUGACGAGCUACGUCGCCACAAUCUUAUUGAGACCAAUGAGAUGGAGGCAGGACAGAGGGGCACUCUCGAGCCUGACCGCUACCGCAACCACAAUAACAAUCAACCCUUCAGCUACACGGGCACGACACCCAUUGCCUCUGUUCAGACCGUCAGACGUCUCUCCCCUCCCCGUGACCUAGGCCGCCCUACCCCUCCCCGUGACACUCCACCUAGAGAUGCCCCUGUGUAUGCCCAAGUCAACAAGCGCGAGGGACGUCCACCUCACAACAAUGGCCGCAGAGACCUGGAUAGAAAUUAUCACAACUCUCGCCAGGAGCGAGAAUACUCUGCUAAGAUCAUUAUUACUCAGGACGACCAUCAUGACCAUCGCCGUUCACCUUUCCAUGACCCGUAUGACGAACACUCACCUUACAUUGACACGCCCCCAAAGAAUCAGUACCAAAAUGAUCGCCGUGAUGAUGAUGACUAUGACGAUGAUGCAUAUGAGAGCUACCAGGUGCCAGAGGACAACUUGCGACGCCUUAUACACGAUGACCUGGAGGAGUACAAGGAGCACUCAAACAACAACAUCAACAUGUCAUCAGUGGGCGUGCAGACCGAGGCACUGCCCAAGGCUCCCACCCGCUCACGCACACGGGCCCAUAAAAACCCUGCAUCUUCGCCCACAAGGCAGCCCACCCACCAAAAACAGCCUGUGCAGAAGCAGACUCUGCGGCAGCAGGAGAAGCAGCAGGAGCCGAAGCAGCAACCGCAGCCAUCAAGUUAUCGACAGUCAAAACAGCAAAACUACUUCACUAACCAGAGAGAACAGCAACGAGGUGAGACCAACAUCCAUAACAACCUGACUUCAGCGUCUCUCGUGCGUCAGGUAAACCAUGGUUUUGGCAGAACUGAUCGGUCCCCAUCACCACCACCUCGGGUAUCUGCCACCCGUCAGCCUCGCCGAAAUGUGGUGCCACUCUUGUCUGACACCUCUGACUCUGAGGCAGAAUAUCGGCGGCCAACAGUGGACCCACUAGCCAGGAUCAGAGACCAGGUUAUGCAGCGGGAGAAGCUCCAAGAGGAGGAAGAAGAGGAGGAAGAAACUCACUUGAGGCGGCCACUGGGACCACUGCAAGAGAGUGGCGUGAUGCCCUACCGGCCAGAGGAGAUGACACCUUUGACCAUCGAUGAAGUAGAUGCCCUCAGCCUCGUCAUGGAAGACACUGGAAGGAAGUCCUUGGUGGUCUCAAAUCAAGCACAGUCAACCACUGUCACCCGCGUCUCCAACCACCAUCACCGGUCGCGACAUUCAGAAACUGUAACAGAACAUUACCACACCCAUGAACCACGUGACAAAGACAGCCUCUCGCGCCCUCAAAAGCCUGUACGGGAGAAGAACCAAGUGUCGCGUGAAGCCACACCCACACGCAAGGGUAGGGACACUCCCACUCACAAGGACCCUCCCACCAUUGAGAAGAACAAGAAGAAUAAUCUGGAGAAGGAACGUGCCAGUAAAGCUGCGGCCAAACACAAGGAAGAAAAGGAAAAGGAAAAGGAGAAGAAGAAGAAAAAGAAAAUCAAGAUCAAGUUUUUCUACGACCCUCGGCCUCAGGACGACCCCAAUGUUGAUCCACUUGCUAACUUCAAAGAGUUCCGCGGUACCUCCUCUGAUGAAAGAGCCUCUCCUCAGGACGACCACAGAGAUGACCGUAAAAACGACAUUGAUGAUCGACGUGAAGAACCCAAAGUCAAACGGCACAGUGAAGAGCGGGAGAUUCGGGAUGACUACCACCCCCAGCGGGAGGUUCGGGAUGACUACCACCCCCAGCGGGAGGUUCGGGAUGACUACCACCCCCAGCGGGAGGUUCGGGAUGACUACCACCCCCAGCGGGAGGUUCAUGAAGACUACCAUACCCAACGACGGGGACUUCCAGAUGUGCUGGAAGAUGCUGCGCCUCUCAGAGAACGCCGUGUUGGGUCCCGAGAGCGACUGGAAGUAACACCUAAAACUAAUAAACGUAUUCAGCGAGAUACCCGUGAUGCUAGAUCCAGUCGUGAGCGCUCUUAUGAUUCUUACGAUUACAAGCGCCGUGACUCAAAAGACUCCAGGGAAUCCCGUGAUGACCGGAGCCGUUCCCGGGAUGAGCGCAUAUCUUACAACGAAUCGACUGAUGAACGACGUAACCACCGAGAGCGAGACUAUGAUAACCACGAGAAUGACGACAACGAAGAGCGGGGAUCUCCGGAUGGCAGGCCAGGUCGUAGCCUGAGUGACAAAUACCGUACUGGACCCCUCUAUGACCCCCCUGAUAACCCUCAUAAGGAUGACCCCCACCAGGAUGACAAGAACCCACACCCUCCUCAACCACAGCCCCCUCCAGAGGAGGAGGAGAAGAAAGAGAAGAUUAUGCGCCAGAGAAACAAAUUCCUGUCAGUACUGAUGAGUGAUGGCCGGAACAAGUCUUCCAACACUAAGGCUCCAAACGUCAAGACGUCCAAGACCAAGUCCUCCUCCAACACCAAAGCUUCCAAUAACAAACCUUCCACCACCACUACAGCCACAACCACUAAAGUCAAGUCCAGUGACCCAGCACCAUCGAGCAAGUCCAAGAAAGGGCCAGCGCCUCCACAGCCGUCGUCCACAUCCCCGCCGGCGCAGGACACACCGGAUAAGGCCAAACCACAGGCUGCUCCCGCCAAGAAGAAGUCCCCCAAGAAGAAGCGGGCGUGGCCGUGGGCGCUGCUGGGGCUGCGGGGUGGUGGGCGGGGGGCGUCUAAGGUACCCCAGGGGACUGCAGCCCCUCCUCCAGGGUCCUCAAGGGCCUCCUCCCGGGCCUCCUCCCGCAGCUCCCACCGCCCUCGACGACCCAGUGUGAGGGCCUCCAAGAUACGCCGUGAUGGCCAGUCUGCGUGGCUCACAAAGGAACGUCAACAGCAGCGGGAACAGCAGCAACAGCUGGAGCAGCAACAGGGAAGGGAGAAGGAUGUCUCGCCGCCGCCACCACCAUGGCAGACGUCCACACUAAACCGCGCUGAGCUCCGGGCCAGGAAGGGUGCCGCCCCCUCAGGAGAAGAUCGUGGUUACUCCACUGUCCAGAGACCUACCACGAGAAAAUUUUCAGCGGAAUCGUCAGCGUCGUCAGGCGGGGCACCGCCACCAGCGCCUUCUCAGGUGACUCGUACUACCAGCUUCAAGCAUCGUUAUUUUGGUGACACUGAUAUCGAAAGUAACCACGGAGGUGUGAGCGCAGUUGGUGACUACCGCAGCUUGCCUAACCGUUCUUCUAGGUCGACCCACAAGAAUGCAGGGAGGGGCCGCAGAACAGCAAGUGGACCCAGGGGCAUGUCUCCGCCAGUGGUGGGCUCAGCAGGCAGCUCCCUGCAGAGUAGUGAGAGUGAGGUGGAUAGUCAUGGGGGAUCACAUGCCUCACGUGCCUCACGCGCUUCACACGUGUCGACAGGGUCCAAUAGAUCAGUGUACCUGCAUGCCACCGCCAUCGCUGAUAUUCCUGUACGCCGUGGCCCCGAUGAUGCCCCCAGCGAGCGUAGUAUUAGCCGCCAGACCAAGAAGGUGUCGCGUUCAUUCUCCUUACUUGCUCCCUGGAAGCCUCGACACUACCGGGAAAAGUUUGAGGUUGAAUAUGACAACAGAGAGGUACGCGAAGCACGUGGUCCUGACCCACACGCCAGCAAGGGCGCCUUGCCUCCCAGACCCCCACGGCGACCUCCACAUGACCCUAAUGACAAGAAGGUCAACCGGUCGCAGAGUGUCUACAAAGACUCACGCCUCGCCACCUGGCUCAGGCGUCGAAGGAACAAGGAGGCCAAAGGUAUCUGAUACCGGCAACAGCAGAAGUCUUGGUGGGUGGAGCGGCAACCUCUGCAACACUCCAUACACGCACACAGACACACUUGCACAUAAGCACACAAACACACCUAGGCUUAACUUAGCUUGCUUCACAGUCAAAACAGCCUUUCUCCCUCUCUGCCUCUCUCUCUCUCGCUCUUCCUUCUCCCUCCUUCCCUACAUCAUGUUCCACAUUAAUAAUGUUAAGCUUCAUUAACACAGUUAUCAGUUGCCACUGUUUGUAAAUAUGUCGAUAACAAGCUAUAACAAUCUGUCCUGACUUGUAAUUGAUCAAGUUACAUCUCAGGAUCCAAUACUAGAAGAAGGUAAGGUUAGGUUUGCACAAGUGACAGAUAUCAGUAUUUUUGAAGUCGGACCCCCACAAAACAAAAAAUAGAUUAUAUUUUAAUUUACAUUUUCUGAGAAGACUCGGAACUGCUGGUAAUGUCAGACCUCCAGGUGAAAGAGGGAUUAGUCAAGCGUAGCAACACAGAUUCCCUUGAGGAAUGUCAUGGAGUUUGCUUGAGAGAGAUGAAUGAAUUCCUGACGCUUGCUCAGGAACCAUGUGUUGGUGCAUUGUGUAUUAGUGUGUGUGUGUGCGCGCGUGUGUUGUCCCGAUAAUGACGAAACUUCUUAAGCUCUUCGUGUACACUUUUUAUUCUGCCACUUUUCUCUGUAUUGCGUGCAUGUGUGUGUGUGUGUGCAUGUGUUUUGUUCGCUCCUCGCCUUGAUAUACACACAAUUAUUCUGAAGGUCCCAGCGCGUCUGCUCUGCUACCUUUCCAUUCAAGAGGAUAAGGUUAGAGAAAUCAUUUCACCUUUUCGUUAUCAAGCUCAUGGAAUUGGUAAACAAGAGAUUUUCUGGGUGAAGAUUGUAGACCCAAGCUUCCUGCACCUGCAGUUGAAGUCUUGUGGUGAUAGAGUUGUAAACAUCCUCACAUUACCGAGAUGAAAACUCUCCUGCAACAGGUAAAAUACAGUUCAGGACUGUUCAAAGACGGCAUAUGGCGAUUGGAGCAGUGUAAAGGUUAAGUGAACAUGAACAGCUUAGUGUGAUAAGAUUGCCGCUUAAAUGCCGCCUUAAUCAACAGUGGUUUUGACAUGCAUGUCGGUGGAGCAUAGUUUAAGACUUGUGUUGAUGACAUAGAAAAUUUGCAGAAAAAACGUGAAUUGCAAAUAGUUUACUUUUAAAUAAUUAUUGUAUUAAAAUUUUUAGACAGACCAAAAAAAGAAUUUAUUUGGUCAUAAAACUUGAAACAAUUGCUAAAAUUAAAAAAGCUUACUAUAUAGUGAACUCAAAAGGAAAUUUCUCUUGAAAAUUCUAAACAAGAAUGAGCAGUGUGUAGACCAGAACAAGCGGUGACUACACCAAAAUUAGUUGUAUUUGCAGAGGAGUGAUGUUUACAUGGUGCUGAAAACUGAACCCAGAAUUUCAUGACCUGAAAAUUCAUUUGCAUUUUUUUAAUUGUUACUUUUACCAUGAUAUAAGUCAAGCAUUUUAUUAUUACGUUUUCUUUGCCACAGAUGUCCCACGCUUUUGUUUUGUGAGUUAAGGAAUAUUGGCGGGCUAUUGUGGACAUGGGUAGUUCACUAUUACUGCAUAACUACAAUACAGAUGCAGUGUUAUAACUUCUUCAUAUAUUGUUUCCUAUUAAUACACCCAAUGCUGAGGGUCAUUAAGGUGACGUCGGAAUAAAGGGGUUACAAAGCAGCCAUCAAAAUAACUACAAUGCGGAAUUUGUGCAGAUGGAACGGGCGAGCUAAUUACAUAUACAUGUAAUGGUGAGUUGUGAGGAUGGGACGGGUGCAGGAAUGUGGAGUUGUGAGGAUGGGACGGGUGCAGGAAUGUGGAGUUGUGAGGAUGGGACGGGUGCAGGAAUGUGGAGUUGUGAGGAUGGGACGGGUGCAGGAAUGUGGAGUUGUGAGGAUGGGACGGGUGCAGGAAUGUGGAGUUGUGAGGAUGGGACGGGUGCAGGAAUGUGGAGUUGUGAGGAUGGGACGGGUGCAGGAAUGUGGAGUUGUGAGGAUGGGACGGGUGCAGGAAUGUGGAGUUGUGAGGAUGGGACGGGUGCAGGAAUGUGGAGUUGUGAGGAUGGGACGGGUGCAGGAAUGUGGAGUUGUGAGGAUGGGACGGGUGCAGGAAUGUGGAGUUGUGAGGAUGGGACGGGUGUAGGAAUGUGGAGUUGUGAGGAUGGGACGGGUGUAGGAAUGUGGAGUUGUGAGGAUGGGACGGGUGCAGGAAUGUGGAGUUGUGAGGAUGGGACGGGUGCAGGAAUGUGGAGUUGUGAGGAUGGGACGGGUGCAGGAAUGUGGAGUUGUGAGGAUGGGACGGGUGCAGGAAUGUGGAGUUGUGAGGAUGGGACGGGUGCAGGAAUGUGGAGUUGUGAGGAUGGGACGGGUGUAGGAAUGUGGAGUUGUGAGGAUGGGACGGGUGUAGGAAUGUGGAGUUGUGAGGAUGGGACGGGUGUAGGAAUGUGGAGUUGUGAGAAUAAUUAAGAAGUUAAAGCCAUUGAGAGAGCGGUUACUUAGCAAGAUUUUGCAUAAAUAUUUUAUUAUAUUUUUUAUACGUGGGUUGUGGAACUAUUAUUAAGAGUAUUUUAUAUGACCCGAGAAAUUUGUUUUCUAAAGAGAAGGGCAUAGGAUUUUUUUAUAUAGUAUGUGUACUACCGUUCUUAUAAUAAAAUUAUUAUUUUGGUUUCAAUGAAGAUUUUAUUACAAUUUCAAAAUAUAGUUUAUUAAAGUUUAGAUUUUUUUGUUUGUGUGUGGUGUAUAGAGUUUAGUUAUGUGAGCUGUAAAGAUAAUAACAAUUAUUUUAUUAAAAUAUAAUUUUUACAGUUUUAUACAAUUUUAUAAAGUGCAUUUUCCUUUUAAAGAGUCCAAUAUGGCAACACUAACUGUUGCCAAAUUGUGCCAUUUAUUUUAGUUUAAAUGGUUCAUUUAAUAUAUUAUAAAAACAGAAACUUGAAAAUAAAAUAAACUUGAAACUCCUGUCUGUCAGUUUUUUAAGAAAAUCUAACAUAGACAAAAACAAAAUAUAAUAAAAUAAAUGCCACAGUCUGUUCGUCAGUCGGUGUUGCCAACAGUCUGUUCGUCAGUCGGUGUUGCCAACAGUCUGUUCGUCAGUCGGUGUUGCCAACAGUCUGUUCGUCAGUCGGUGUUGCCAACAAUGGAUACUGACAACGGUCCACAAUUCCUAAUGUUUUGUAUAGAUUAUGAGACUAUAUAGUUUAUACUGAAGGAAUGUAUAGUUUAUACUGAAGGAAUGUGUUUUGUGAAUCUAUAGUCAAGUUUUAAUGUGUGAAGGUUUAGUCGUUUUAUACAUGUUGCCAUAAUUGUUUCUAGAGAGAAUAACAACAUAUACAUGUUGCCAUUUGUGUUAGUAUGCAUUCGUGUAUUAAUACACCUUGGUUCAGCUAAGCAUAACCUGAUAAUCAAUACAUUAAGUGAAUCCUGCUCUUGUCAGUGUAAUCGAGUCUGACUUGAAUUGUUAUCCAUUCAUGCAUGGAAUGGAUGGAUUACAUCCAUCCAUUUGAGUCAGAAUGGAUUGAUUACAUCCAUGCAACUCGAGUCAGAAUGCAGUGUAAUCCAAUCUGACUCGAGUUGCCUCGAGUGAGAAUGCAUGUAUGUAUGUGGUCAGUGUAUCGGGGCAGUCUCCCACAUAUUCAACCUGUCCUCUUACAUAUUAUGUCUGAAUUUGGCCGUUUGCCCGUAUGGCCGAAAAUGGACGUAAUUUGAAAAGGAAAAAAUAAUUGAAAAUAAUUUUUUUUAUUUUUCAAGACAGUAAGUUAUGGGUCCUCUGGUAGGUUAGAAGGGCUGGAAAUUCUCCUAAAGUUUCAAAACGUCAUGAAAAACGUUACUUGAUAGUUUCCUUUCCUAACCUUAUCAAGUAAGCCAGACGACUCAAGCAGAAAACUGGACAGUACAUCACUUUUGUGAACAAAUUUAAUUUCAAAUUACGUCCAUUUUUGGCUAUAGCACGUAGCGCGUACGAGCGAAAAGUGACGUUAAGAGGACAGGUUGAUGAGCGACAUCAAAUAACGGGUACGACCCGUUCAGUGUAGCUUGGACACCUCAGUGUAAUGGUGACUCACAAUGUGAUAUUAUCUUCGUAGUUGAGUCAUUCAUCUUAAUCUGGCCAUUGCGCCUGAAGAUGGUUAUAUAGAAUGUGGGACUUACCGUAGCCCUGAUGCUUAGAAUGUUAAUUACCCAGUGACCACAUAUAUCAGCGGGACGUUAAAUCAAAGGUAUUGACCUUAGUUCCACAUUGAUUCCACGUUAAUAUGACGUUGAUUCCAUGUUACUCCAGACUAUUGUAGUCGCGAGGUAUUGUCAUACUGAGCAUACCUCCAGACUAUUGUAGUCGCGAGGUAUUGUCAUACUGAGCAUACCUCCAGACUAUUGUAGUCGUGAGGUAUUGUCAUACUGAGCAUACCUCCAGACUAUUGUAGUCACGAGGUAUUGUCAUACUGAGCAUACCUCCAGACUAUUGUAGUCCCGAGGUAUUGUCAUACUGAGCAUACCUCCAGACUAUUAUAGUCACGAGGUAUUGUCAUACUGAGCAUACCUCCAGACUAUUGUAGCCCCGAGGUAUUGUCAUACUGAGCAUACCUCCAGACUAUUGUAGCCCCGAGGUAUUGUCACACUGAGCAUACUGUAGUGAUCAAAUGGGUUCAUUCAACAAGUAUGAUCCUGCUACUAUAUUCAUCCUUCAACACGCUAUAUACUUAAGAUUCUACAUUAAAAAAAAAAGUAUAAUCAAAAGAUAUAUAUUUGAAAUUGUGAUGUUUAUGUACGUAGAAAUUGGGGUUUACUCAUUAAUGUAACAUCUCUUUAAGGCAGUAAUGACUCACGUUUCUUAGGAUGGCUAUAUAUUGUAAAGAAAAAUAUACAUAUUUGUGUUUUAUUUAGUUUGAAAAAAUGUGUGUAUAUGUACUGCCUUGGUGAGAUGUAGUGCGCUGCAUCUGCUAAUUAUCUUGUGACUGUAUUAUGUAUUAUUUUAUUUUUUUUGUUGCAAAUGCUCCCAAUGGGAUCCUAUUUUCUGUUAUUAUAUUCCCUUGAAUAACACACUAAGUUCUACAGUCAUAAUUCUCAAUGCCGAAAGCAAAAAUACAUUGUAAAUAAUCAUAAUAAAUACCUUAACUUGA